CUCCACUACCAGCUGAGGAAAGCAGAGGCCCAGGACUGUGCAGGAAUUUGACAAACCAUGCUGUUGUUUAUGUUCAUUCUAUGCAUUCCUGGUGAACUUUUUACUCUGGGAGUAUUUUGCAUGCCAAUGAUGGACCAGGGGCCACAUGUCACCCAUGGUUGGGGCCAGGUGAUCCGGCUCCGGCAUCUGUAUGCAGCCAAACCAGGACUGCAUUUACUGAUCAGUGAGGAUGGACAAAUCCACGGUUCUGCAGAUCAAACUCUUUACAGCCUGCUGGAGAUCCAACCUGUUGGCCCUGGACGUGUUGUGAUCAGAGGAGUGGCAACCACACGCUUCCUCUGCAUGGAGAGCGACGGUAGAUUGUACUCAACUCAAAUAUACAGCAGAGCUGACUGCACCUUCAGAGAGCAGAUCCAGGCAGACGGCUACAACGUCUACACCUCUGAUGGACACGGGGUCCUCCUCAGUUUGGGAAACAACCAGCAAAGACACAGUGGCUCAGACCAUGGUGUUCCAGCUCUGGCCCGCUUUCUUCCCAGGUUAAACACCCUUCAGCAGGCUGUCCCCACAGAGCCGGAUGUUACUGAUCUGCUCAGUCCAGACAAAGUACAAGAGACCGUGGACAUGGUGGGCUCCUUUGGCAAGCUGUCUCAUAUAAUUCACAGUCCCAGCUUCCAUAAGAGAUGAAGCGGCCGAUCUGAAACAGCUGUGAAGGUAUGUGCCCAGGGACACCCAAGCACUACCUCCUGCAUGUUGUAAACUCAUGGACAGACAGGAGUAGCGACUGGUCAGCACAUAGAAAUGUUGGUGGCGUGGCUGUCCAGCCAGAGACGCAGAGAGGCAUGCUCAGUGGAGCCUGACACCUGGAGGGAGUUCAACCCUCCAUCCUGCAUUUACACCCACUCAACAAACAUGGGAGGUGUUCUCAGUUUUCCAUCCUUCCAAAAGCUUUUUCCACAUGAAGAAGUAUGUUUGCACUGAAACAGUGACUAAAGUGUACUGAUAAACCGCUGCGUUAGUGGACGGCUGGCAAAGGGAGAGACUUGCACAACAUUGAUCUGAUAGUUUGUUUCUGUGCUAUGUGUGAUAAGUUGCCCGGUGAUAUUAGAGAGCCAAUGAUAUAUCUGGUGGUUCUUUUGACAAACUGCUUCUAUUAAUUGCACAGAAGGAAAAAUGCAUCUUUUGGGGUUCUGGUCCUUUCAAAACACCUACAGAGUUAGUAAGUUCUCCAGACAAAAGUAUUGUUUUGCAAUACUUGUAUUUAUUUAGUUAUUUAAAUGAUGUUAGUCUUAAGUUUUAGUGUUUACCUCUAUUUGUACUGGAUGUGUGCACAUGUCCAAUAGUGAAAGUGUUUAAAGAUGUUUUGAAGUAAAUUGUUGAAAUUAAACAUUGUAAGCUGAAGAGACAGUACUUUGUGAGAUUAAGAAAAUCAUAUUUAAAUAAGAAUUUCUAAGCAUUUUCAUUAUAUCACAUUUGAUUUUAGGUUAAAACCACCAGAAUUACAACUGGUUAAAUACAUAUUGAACACAAUGACAGUAAAUUUAUUUCUCCUUUUAAGAUGAAAUCCAACCCAGACACUGACAUCAACCAAAGCAAUCCAGAUAUACAAAAAAAUCAAGGCAAAGCCAAGUGUUCAUCCUUCAUGUGUUUAUCCAUAAGGGCUGAACACAUGAGGAAAAUUAUAAUUAAAAAACACACAAGAAGCUAAGAAACCAAAUCUAUCAUUGUUACAAUAUUAGCUAAUUUAAUAUUAAGAGAAGAGCAAUGAAAAUAUUUAUCUUUGCCCUUCACAAAGUUGUGAUGCCACAUAAAAAUAACAGAGUUUUCCCUGCUGCAUAUCAUACCAAUAGCAGUGGUUACUUAAUGGAAAAACACAGAAUCAUACCAAGUAUUUUUGAUGGGUUUCUAGUGAAGAUAUUUUAGUAAACUUGAAAAAAGGACUGUCUAAC